UGCGGGAGGAGGGAUGUGACGGCGGCUCCGGCUCCUCCUCCUCCAUCGCCACCUGCAGCAGAUCCAUGGCAGCUGCGGCUCCCGGCGUGGGUGUCUCCGCCCUACCGUAUAUGCUGACGGAGAGGGAGGCGGUGGCCACCGAGGCCGGGCCUGGAGGCUCAGGACCCCCGCCUCCCUGAGGAGAAGGAGCCGAGAUGGCAGUGCCGGCCGUGCAGGUGAUACUUUGACCUUGCUGAAAACUUACUUUGAAGAUUCUGAAUGAACAUUCCCACUACUCUCCGACUGUCUGAGAUGGCAAGUCCAGCAAUCAGCCCAGACUCCUCCUCCCAUGAUGCACUCUCUUCUGUCAACUCAAUGCCUGCAUGUUCCCCCACAUCAGAUUCUGAGAACCUGAGCCCAGAUGAGCUGGAGCUUUUAGCAAAGCUGGAAGAACAAAAUAGGCUUCUUGAGGCAGAUUCCAAAUCUAUGCGUUCCAUGAAUGGUUCUCGGAGGAACAGUGGGUCCUCUUUAGUCUCCAGUUCUUCCGCCUCUUCCAAUUUGAGUCAUCUUGAGGAAGAUACUUGGAUUUUGUGGGGACGGAUUGUCAAUGAAUGGGAAGAAUGGCGAAAAAGGAAGGAAAAGCUGCUGAGGGAGCUGAUAAGAAAAGGAAUCCCCCACCACUUCCGAGCCAUUGUUUGGCAACUUCUGUGCAGUGCCACAGAUAUGCCUGUAAAGAAUCAGUAUUCAGAACUACUGAAGAUGUCCUCUCCUUGUGAAAAGCUGAUCAGGAGGGACAUUGCCAGGACAUACCCUGAACAUGAAUUCUUCAAGGGACAGGACAGCCUGGGCCAAGAAGUUCUCUUCAAUGUCAUGAAGGCUUACUCUCUAGUGGACCGUGAGGUUGGAUACUGCCAGGGCAGUGCAUUUAUCGUUGGACUGCUUUUGAUGCAGAUGCCUGAGGAAGAGGCUUUCUGUGUAUUUGUACGUCUGAUGCAGGAAUAUAGAUUACGGGAGCUGUUCAAACCCACUAUGGCUGAGCUGGGCCUUUGCAUUUACCAGUUUGAGUACAUGCUUCAGGAGCAGCUGCCUGAACUGAACAUCCAUUUCCGCUCCCAGAGCUUCUUAACAUCUAUGUAUGCUUCGUCUUGGUUUCUCACUCUCUUCCUCACCACCUUUCCACUACCUGUGGCCACUCGAGUGUUCGAUAUCUUCAUGUAUGAGGGAUUGGAAAUAAUCUUCCGUGUCGGGAUGGCUCUUCUGCAAUUCAAUCAGGCUGAACUUGUGCAGCUGGACAUGGAGGGGAUGUCACAGUAUUUCCAGAAAGUGAUUCCUCACCAGUUUGACAGCUGUCCUGAUAAGCUGAUCUUAAAGGCCUACCAGGUCAAGUACAACCCUAAAAAAAUGAAAAGACUAGAGAAGGAGUACACUGCAAUCAAAAACAGAGAGAUGGAAGAGCAGAUUGAAAUCAAGAGGCUUCGUACUGAGAACCGCCUUUUGAAACAGCGGAUUGAAACCCUGGAGAAGGAGAGUGCUGCCUUGGCAGAUAGACUGAUCCAGGGUCAAGUCACCCGUGCACAAGAGGCCGAAGAGAACUAUAUCAUCAAGCGAGAGCUGGCAGUGGUGAGGCAGCAAUGCUGUUCAGCCACAGAGAACUUGCAGAAAGCCCAGAGUAUGAUCCGGCAGCUGCAGGACCAGCAGAGCAAUCCCCGCUUCUCUGAGGAAUUUGUGAAUCAUCUGGAAACAGAGCUGGAGCAAUCCCGCCUGCGAGAAUCUGAGACACUGAGUGCCCUUAAGGAGAUGCAGGACAAAGUGCUGGACAUGGAAAAGAAGAAUAGCUUGCUGCCCGAUGAAAACAACGUGGCUCGUCUGCAAGAAGAACUGAAGGCCAUGAAUGUGCGGGAGUCUGAGGCGAUGAAGUCUCUCAGGGAGCUGCAGCAGCAGGUGAAGGAGCUCAAUGACAGCUGGCAGGCCCAUUUGAGCCGGACUGGGGGGCGAUGGAAGGAUUCUCCUCGCAAGAACACUAUGAAUGACCUCCAAGAUGAGCUGAUGAGCCUCCAUCUGCGUGAGACUCAGGCCCAGGCUGAGGUCAGAGAGUUGCGUCAGAGGGUGGUGGAGCUUGAAACCCAGGAUCAGAUCCAUAGCAACCAUCUAAAUCGUAUGGAACAGGAAUGUGCUGGGCUGCAUGAAAAGGUACAGUACCUCACUGCACAGAACAAGGGGCUGCAGACCCAGCUGAGUGAGACCAAGCGCAAGCAUGCUGAAUCUGAGUGUAAGAGUAAAGAAGAGGUGAUGGCAGCGCGACUGCGAGAAGCUGACAGCAUGGCUGCUGUGGCAGAGAUGCGGCAGCGGAUUGCUGAGCUGGAAAUCCAGAGAGAAGAAGGGAUGAUUCAGGGCCAACUCAAUAACUCUGACUCUUCCCAGUACAUUAGAGAACUGAAGGACCAGAUUGAUGAACUCAAGGCAGAGAUCCGACUGAUGAAGGGGCCAAAGCCUUUUGAGGACUCCAUGGGCUUUGAUGGCAUCCAUAUUGUUAGUCACCUGGCGGUAGAUGAUGACUCACUGCACUCUUCAGAUGAAGAGCUGCUGACCAGCCCCAUGGUGGUGGGUGCUUUGCAGGAUGUCUUGUACCCACUGUCUCCCCAUAAUGCACACUUUCUACGGGGUGCUGAGAGCUCUGGCAAGGAGAGUGAUGGCACCACAGACAGCGAUCCAGAUGACCCCGCCCCCGCCACUGAGCCUAAUGGUGAGAUCAUCUUUGCCAAGGCCCUGAGCAAAUGAGGAGAGAUGUUGCCAUCCCAGCUCCAUCCAGAAGGUGCUUUUUGUCCCCUGGCUGCACUGUGCUGGGGGAACUGGGGGUGACGGACAUGAUGCAUUCUGAAUCUGGUACCCAAUGAGUAUCAGGCCCCCCAGGAUGGCACAGGGGAUGGACAGUUCCACAGGUGGCCUGCAUUACACAGACCAUCUUUAUUGUUCAUUGUCGGCACUGCCUUUUUUCCAGCUCUGUCAUCUUUAGUCGUUUAAAAUCCAAAUCCAUGUAUAGUACUCAUUCAUCCCCCCCCCACCUCCUGCGGCUGCCACAGUCUCGUUCUUCUCACAUGCUCAAAGGUUCACACAUUCAAGACCUUCCAAAGGACAGUGGAAGUAACAAGACCAUUGGUUCCAUAUAAUGCAGUCCAGUUGUAAGUUUGUGUCUUUGCUGCGCUCGGAGAAACAGGAGGGAUCAGUCUUCCCUUUAUUUAUACGUUUCCCUCUACUCUGCUGUUCUGCAUACAGAGAAGAAGCUUGAAUGCCUCCAUACUUACUUGUCAUUUUCAGCCCAAGAAGAGGAGAGAGAGGGGUGCAUGGAGAGUGUGCUUCUGAAGAGGUGACUUGGUUGUAGAGAGAGAGAGAUUAUAUUUUGGUUUCUGCAUAUCUUAUUUAUUUAUACUGAGCAACUGCCAGUUCGG